UGCGCUGGGAGCGUUCUAGGCUCCACGGCAGCUCACAUCUGGCUGGGGUUUGCUUGCUCCUUGUGUGUUUGUCCCGCUUUCUUCCUCUCUUCCUUGACUUUUGAGAAGGCACGUUUCCGCUUCUGGCCAAAGAGACCUUGGAGCUAGCCGGGGAGAUAAAGGUGCUGCUGCAUUCACAUCCGGCCCUCCCCGCGCUCAGCCUCUUCCCCAGGGGACUUUUUUCCUCUCUCUCUCUUUCUCUCUCUUCUUGGACAAGUCUGUGCUUUCCUGCCGACCUGGCCCGGAGGAGGCUUAGCUGCUGGAGAUGCGCUAAGAGACGGAGAGAGACGGGAAAGAUUCAGCCGAACCGGCUCAGCUGCAAGGAGGGCCCAGGGGGAAGAUGGGCUCUUCUGGAUGGAGAUGGGUGCUGAGAUGCUGCUUGCUGCUGGCCUUUGCCUGGGGCCUGGUCCUCAGCCACGUGCCACGUGACCAGCAGGAGCCGCAGGAGCUGCAGGGGACCCAAGAGCCACUGGCCACGCCAGACUACUCUAAGAGAGCGGAAGAAAAUGAUGAAAAACACAGUUCCAGGCAGGGCGAGGAGCCCCUGGCCUCCCGGUGCUACCGCUGCUGUGACCCGGGGACCCCCGUGUACCAGACCAUCCCCGCACCCCAGAUCAACAUCACAAUCCUGAAAGGAGAGAAGGGCGACCGGGGAGAUAGAGGACUCCAAGGGAAGUAUGGCAAGACUGGCUCUGCGGGCGCCAGGGGCCAUGCGGGCCCCAAGGGGCAGAAGGGCUCGAUGGGGUCUCCCGGUGACCGGUGCAAGAACCACUAUGCGGCCUUCUCGGUGGGCCGGAAGAAGCCACUGCACAGCAAUGACUACUACCAGACGGUGGUCUUCGACACGGAGUUCGUGAACCUCUACAGCCAUUUCAACAUGUUCACCGGCAAGUUCUACUGCUACGUGCCUGGCAUCUACUUCUUCAGCCUCAACGUGCACACGUGGAACCAGAAAGAGACGUAUCUGCACAUCAUGAGGAACGCGGAGGAGAUGGUGAUUCUGUACGCGCAGGUGAGCGACCGCAGCAUCAUGCAGAGCCAGAGCCUGAUGCUGGAGCUGCAGGAGCAGGACGAGGUGUGGGUGCGCCUCUUCAAGGGUGAGCGCGACAACGCCAUCUUCAGCGACGAGUUUGACACCUACAUCACCUUCAGUGGCUACCUGGUCAAGCCGGCCGCCGAGCCUUAGUGGAUGCCCCGCCCCCGCCCCACCCUGCCCCGCCCCAUCCUGGGAUUCUCACGGGGGGGGGGGGGGAUUGCUGCGCCCUGCAGGUCCCCAGGCUGGCUUAGCAACUCUCUGCCCAGCCCUGGCUCUCUCAGCCUUUGCAUCCCUAGCUUUGGCAUUCUGUUCUGCAAGACGCCCC